AUGGCGAUGGCUGAGAAGCAUUUAUCUCAAGAUGGGGAGAAAGUGAGCAAUCAAAGCGCGAUGGAUGAAGUGCGGCUCGAAGCGGCCUUGGGACACAAACAGGAGCUGGUGAGGAAUUUUUCGCUCUGGAGUUUGACGAGCUUGGGGAUUGUCAUUGCCAAUUCAUGGGCUUCCACAGGAGGAACCAUCGUUGCGGCGCUCCAGAACGGUGGCCCAAUGGCAGUUCUCUACGGGCUCAUUCUCGUCAGUAUCUUCUACACGGCUAUUUCAGCGUCCCUGGCCGAGCUCGCCUCGUCCAUGCCCUCUGCCGGUGGCGUGUACUACUGGUCGUCAGUAUUGAGCCGGAAUCGCGGCCGUGCAGCAGGCUUUUUCACGGGAUAUCUCAACGCUUGUGCAUGGCUCCUGUCUGCGUCGUCUAUGAGCUCCAUGCUAGGCAAUGAGGCAGUGGCCAUGUACCUACUCCGACACACCGAGGUGCGCUGGCGCUCCUGGCAUGUGUUUGUGGUUUUUCAAAUUAUGAACUGGACCUGUUGCGCCAUUGUCUGUUUAGGGAAUCGAUUUAUCCCAUUGAUCAAUCGUAUUGCCCUGACUCUGUCCAUGUGUGGACUUGUCACGACGGUGGUGGUUCUCUCCGUCAUGCCGAAGAAACACGCGAGUAAUACGCAGGUGUGGACGACAUACUACAAUCGGACUGGUGGAUGGUCGGACGGGGUCUGCUUCAUGACAGGCCUCCUGAAUGCUGCUUUCGCAGUGGGCGUGCCUGAUUGUAUCAGCCACUUAUCGGAAGAGGUUCCAAAACCGGAGAUCAAAGUGCCUCAAGGAAUCAUGCUCCAAAUGCUAACGGCAUUCACAACGUCCUUCGUCUACCUAAUAGCCCUCUUUUACUCUAUUCAAGACCUCGACGCCGUCUUCAGCAGCACAAUCGGCUUCUUCCCCACAGCCGAAAUCUACCGACAAGCUACAGGUUCCAACACCGGUGCCAUCGGGCUAAUCGCCGUGUUAUUUCUGGCCACAUUCCCAACCCUCAUCGGCACCUUCGUGACCGGCGGCCGGAUGUGGUGGAGUCUAGUCCGUGACAACGCCACCCCCUUCGCAUCAUAUUUUGCCUACGUUGAUCCCUCGCUCAACUGUCCCGUGCGUGCGACUGUUGCCAUGAGCGCGAUGGUCACCUGCCUAGGCUGUAUAUACGUUGGUAGCGCAACGGCCUUCCAAGCCCUGAUUUCCUCAUUCAUUGUGCUGAGCUCAUUGUCCUAUCUCGGGGCUAUCCUCCCGCAUGUCCUCUCCGGCAGACGCAAUAUGGUCCCCGGACCGUUCUAUAUGGGCCGCAGGUUGGGAAUGAUUGUUAACCUCGUCGCUCUGAUGUAUAUCCUCGUCACGGUCGUGUUCUUCUGCUUUCCGCUCGUGCUACCUGCCACGGCCAAGAACAUGAACUACACCAGCAUCAUCAUCGUUGGUCUGAUGGCAUUGACUGCGCUGUGGUGGUUAUUCCAGGCUAGACGCGUGUAUCAGGGCCCGAAGUACAGUUUUGAGGCGGCGGAGCGAUUGACCGCGUUCCAGGAGGGUAAAGAGGGUCGUCGGGUUAUUGCAGAUUUGGCGGACGUGACUACUGUUUGA